UCGUUCCUGACACCUGCCACUAUCCCCGCUCUCGAGAUUCGCAUUGCAAGAUGGCGUUCGACCUCGGAACCCCAGUCAACACUGCUCUCCUGCUCUACAUUCUCUACUCCAUCCAGAGGAUCCUCUUUCCCUCCAACUCAGUGCCUCAGACCGUUCCCAAUGAGUUCAAGAACGGCUACACAUGGAUGCCAAAGUCGCACCCACCCACGCUCCUAUACCAGACCUUCACCCCGAAGACCCUCGCUUAUUACAACGGCGAGGACGGCAAGCGUAUCCUGCUUGCGAUCAAGGGCGUGGUGUAUGAUGUGACGGCGGGGAGGAAUUUUUACGGACCUAACGGCAUGUAUGCCAACUUCGCCGGGCGCGACGCGUCGCGCGGAAUGGCGAAGCAGUCGUUUGAUGAGGAGAUGCUCACUCCCAUAGACCAACCCCUCGACAAGCUCGACGAUCUUACGCCCGAAGAGAUCGAAAACAUGAAGGGAUGGAUGGAGCAUUUCUCGAGCAAGUACAUCGUUUGCGGGAAGCUGGUGGAGAACGAUGCUAUCUGAACGUAAGUUUUCAUCUUGCUUUGUAGUUGUAUGCUAUUGCUAUCAAUGAUUCUGGGUGGAUUUUCA